UCUAUUCCACUUUGUUUUUACUCUCUCUCUCUCUCUCUCUCUCUCUCUCUCUCGCUUGUACACACUACACCCAGGAAAAGAAAACGCUCGAACACAGAGAGAGAGAGAGAGAGAGAGAGAGAAAGAGACAUAGAAACUUGCCUCUACAGUUCUAGGAAGACUCAACUUUUUCCCCAUCUCUAUAGUUUUAUAGGCACACCCCACACAGGUGCUCUGUCUCUCUCUCUCUCUCUCUCUCUCUAAUAGUCUUUUGCCUCAACAAGUAAAACCAUCAUCUCCUAGUCCAUCCGCGGCUCCAAAAAUGGCAGAUCCCUACACUUAUCUCUACAACAGCUACUACAAUUUCUACCAAUUCCCCUCCAACCCAUCUCCCCCUCCACUCGCCACUCCCACCUACACUUUCCACAGCUCCCACAUCCAAACCAUCAACAAAAGCAACAGCAACUGUUCCCACCUCCCAUCUCCUCCACCUUCCCCUCCUCUUAGAGAAGCUCUCCCUCUUCUCAAUACUCUCAGCCCAGCAAAGCACCAAGAUGAUCGCGAUAGCACCUCAUCUUGCAGAUCCUUUGGCGAGCCUGCAGCUCCUGCCGACGUUGCUCGUGAUGAUCAAAAGAACAAGAGCAUCACAGUAGUGGAUGAUGAGGACUAUGCCAUGGAUGAAGAUGAUGAGGCUGUUACAGUGGCUCUCCACAUAGGCCUCCCAAGCCCUAGUGCAGUUGAUCUCAUCUCUAAGGUCUCUUCUAAUUACGGUACUCCGCAGGAGGGGGAGAAGGAACCAGAAGAAGGUGGCGGUGGCGGUGAAGAUGUGGUUCCUCUAGGUUGCCCAACCACCACAAUAGGGAGGCUCAACAAGGGCCAGUAUUGGAUUCCAACCCCCUCACAGAUCCUCAUUGGUCCUACCCAGUUCUCUUGUCCAGUGUGUUACAAGACCUUCAAUAGAUACAACAACAUGCAGAUGCAUAUGUGGGGCCAUGGAUCGCAGUACAGGAAGGGACCCGAAUCUCUCCGAGGGAUCCAACCCACCGCAAUGUUGCGACUCCCAUGCUAUUGCUGCGCCCCGGGAUGUCGAAACAACAUAGACCACCCAAGAACAAAGCCAUUAAAGGACUUUAGAACCCUCCAAACCCACUACAAGAGGAAGCAUGGGAUAAAACCCUUCAUGUGUCGCAAAUGCGGCAAAGCGUUUGCGGUGAAGGGAGAUUGGAGGACACACGAGAAGAAUUGUGGCAAGCUGUGGUUUUGUACCUGCGGCUCAGAUUUUAAGCAUAAGAGGUCUCUUAAGGAUCACAUUCGGGCGUUCGGCAACGGGCAUGCGGCGUACGGCAUCGACUGUUUCGAGGAGGAGGACGAGCCGCUGUCGGAGAUUGAACAGGACUGCGUUCGAUCUCACUGAGUAAGAUUGAAGCUCUUGUAGGAGAUGAAUAUGGUAGUGAUGAUCAGUUUAAUUGGAUUGGUAUAAUAUGUGCUUGGGUUCCCUUCAUCGUAUGUGACAGAAGCUUUUACUAUCCAAAUGACCAGCUACUUAACUAGACUGCUUAGUUGUCUCUUUCUUUCUUCUAUUUUUCUGUUUCCUUGUUUUAGGUUGUGAGUAUCAGGGGGGAGAGACAGAUACAGCAGUAACAGUAAUGUUGGGAUCACUGCUUUGUUAAUGAAAGUUGUGAAUUAAUUAAGCUGCUUUUUGUCUCUUAA